AUGUCGAUGAGAAGUGCAUCCACAACGUGUGAGGCAACUAUAUGCGAUGAACCCCAGAUCGUGGUCGUGAAAGAAGAAAAUGAAGAAAACGCUCACACAAAUGCCGUGCCGAGCUGCGUCGAAAUUAGAUUCUUUCAUGAAAUAGCCUUUGUAUUUUGCAUGUGUUGUGGACAGCUCCAUGCGCAGGCAGCCGUAGCACAGGCGAUGGCAGCUACCCAAGAAAUUGCCAAAAGUUUUGGAGUCGAAAAUCUGCCUGGUGAGCAGGCUUGGUUCUCAGCGUCAUUUUCGCUGACGGUGGGUACAUUUAUUUUGGUUUCGGGGAAGCUUGGCGAUAUGUUCGGGUACAAGCUUAUGUACAUCACUGGCUUGUUGUUUUUUGCCUUGUGGUCGCUAAUUUGUGGGUUCAGUGCGUAUGCAAAAUCGGCGGUCUUUUUUGAUGUUUGCAGAGCUUUGCAAGGAGCUGGUCUGGCGCUACUUUUACCCAAUGCCGUUGCUGUUUUGGGUCACUAUUAUCCUCCAGGGUCCAUGAGGAAGACUAUUGUGAUGUGCUUAUUCGGUGCAGCCGCACCGUCUGGUUUCAAUAUAGGCGCUCUUUUUUCCAGUUUUUUUGCCAUGAAAGUUUGGUGGCCGUGGACGUUUUGGGUGUGUGGAAUAGCCUCGGUGUGUCUCGCCUUGUUGUCAUACUUGUGUAUCCCCAAAAAGAUAGGAACUCCAUCCAGAAACGAGCCUUUCGACUGGAUAGGAUCGAUUUUGGCAAUCAGCGGCUUGAUCCUCUUCAACUUUGCCUGGAACCAAGGGUCCAAUGUGGGCUGGAAGAUAGUUUAUAACUACGUCUUGCUCAUUGUUUCAGUAGGUUUAGUGGUUGCAUUUGCCAUAGUUGAGGUUUACUUGAAGCAUCCACUUGUGCCUAUCAAAUCGUUGAAGGGCGAACCGGCGUUUGUCUUGGGAUGUAUCGCAACUGGAUGGUCCUGCUUUGGUAUUUGGCUCUAUUACACCUUUCAAUGGGCUUUUUACAUCGACAACGUCAAUGCCGUGGUUGCGUCGGUUCAAUUCAUUCCCUGUAGCGUUACAGGAUUUAUGGCAUCAUUCACCACCGCCUAUCUUCUUCGCAGAACACGGCUGUCUUUCGUGAUGAUUAUGGCGAUGUGUGCCUUCUUUGCGGGCAUAAUAAUCAUUGGAACAAGACAUGUAGGGCAAACCUACUGGGGCCAAAAAUUCGUAUCGUGUCUCAUCCAGCCGUUUGGAAUGGAUAUGAGUUUUCCAGCCGCCAUUAUCAUUCUUUCCAACCACUUUCCUCCUUCGAAACAAGGAAUCGCUGCUUCCUUGGUUGCAACGGUCCAGAACUAUUCUGUAUCUUUGGGGCUUGGAUUUGCAGGUACGGUCGAAAAGUACAAGACCGACCAUUUGCCCCAGACUUUUGAGCUGAAGUUGCUUGGAAUUAGAGUUGCGUUUUAUAUGGGAAUGGGCCUCGCGGGACUCGGGGUUGUUUUUUCAGUCAUCGGUGGAAUUCUUCAGUGGAAGAGGACAAAAAAAGACCAGGAAUGA